AUGGUUAAGAGGAAAUUUCGUAUAGCCCUUGUUUCAGACUUUUUUUGUCCUAAUACAGGUGGAAUUGAAACACAUCUUUAUUUUUUAUCAAAAUGUUUGUUAAAAAAUGGGCAUCAUGUUAUUAUGAUAACAAGAUCAUAUGGUGAACGGAAAGGAAUAUAUUAUUUGAGUACAGGUUUAAAAGUUUAUUAUUUACCCGUUUUUGUUUUAUCAAUUGGAAUUACUUUACCAACGGCUUGUUCAUCAUUUCCAUGGAUAAGGAAUAUAUUAAAGAAAGAAUGUAUUGAAAUUGUUCAUGGUCAUUCAAGUUUUUCUUCACUUGCUGGUGAAUGUUUGUUUUGGGGAAGAACAUUGAAUUUAAAAACUAUUUUAACUGAUCAUUCAUUAAUGGGACUUUCUGAUUUAAGUUGUGUUUUAACUAAUGGACUCUAUCUUAGAUACAUUAUACCAAUUACAGGAAAAAUUAUUUGUGUAUCACAUGCACAUAAAGAAAAUAUUUUUAUAAGAUGUAAAAUAAAAAGUGAAAACAUCUAUGUCAUUCCUAAUGCCAUAGAUUCAUCUUUAUUUUUACCAGAUAGAAAUAAAUUUUAUGGAAAUGAUUUGACUAUUGUUGUAGCAUGUCGUUUAGUCUAUAGAAAAGGUGCUGAUCUUUUAAAAUAUGUUAUACCAAAAGUUUGUUCUUUACAUCCAAGUGUUAAAUUUUUAAUUGCCGGUGAUGGACCAAAAAGAGUUGAUUUAGAGGAAAUGAGAGAAUGUUAUAAUUUAUUUGAAAGAGUUACUAUGUUAGGUAUGGUUCCUCAUGAUAUGAUAGCUAAAACAUUAGUACAAGGACAAAUAUUUUUGAAUACCUCUUUAACAGAAGCCUUCUGUAUCGCUAUUGUUGAAGCAGCUUCUUGUGGGUUACAUGUUAUCUCUACUAGAGUUGGUGGUGUAUCAGAAGUAUUGCCUGAAAAUAUGUUAACAACAGUUGAGGUAAAUGUAUCAUCAAUUGUUGAAGGUUGCUUGAAAGCUAUAAAUAUGUUUGAAAAAGGUAAAAUUAUGGAUCCAGUGGAGAGACAUGAACUUGUCAAACCAAUGUAUAAUUGGGAGAAUAUUGCUACUAGAACAGAAGUUGUUUAUAAUGAAGUUUUAACUGAAAAAGGAUUAUCAACAUGGGAUGAAAUUUGUAGUUAUAUGAAUACUGGACUAGCUUUUGGAUUAUGUUGGAUUGGAAUGUCUAUAUUUUUAAGAAUGAUCUCUACUUUAAUGGAUAUUUUUUAUCCUAUUCCUCAUAAAAAUGAUAAUAAGAAAAAAUAA